AUGGGAAGGAGCAGAGCACAUUUCAUGGGGUGGGGUGGGGGGAAUCCAGGGGGGCUAUUUGCAUUUCUUUUUCGCUAUUUAAAAGGCCCUCCUUCAGUCUUGCCCAAGAUUGGUGCACAUUUUGGACACACAUUUCAGCAAAUUGUUCAGACCCGUCCAUUGUGCUCAGUUUAAAGCCAAUCAUUGUUUCAGGAAGUUAGACCUUCACCCCUGAGGUCUUUCGCACUGUGCUACAGUCCUGGAUCUGUGACCAUUUCAUUGAGCUAUAUAUAUAUACCUAUCUAUCUGAAGCCCAGGCAGGCAUAUCAGUCUACUUACACAAAGAGAGAAGUGCUUGCAGUUCAUUGAUCAAAGGGAAAACAGCCAAUAUUGGUGAGUAAUCUCAGAGUUUGGAAACUGCAGAAGGUAUGGAAAUCUGGGUAGUAAGCGGGUAGGAACUGAAAUCAAAUAGCAGAUUGAUGCUGGUGGUUGUGUUGAAAAUCAACCUUGGGUUUUGUUUUUGUUGGGGAUGGAAUGUGAGAUUGUGUCAGGCGAUAGUGACAUAUCCCAGAGGCAUAUUGUGGCUGGCCAAAUAUAGCUGCUUACGGGAGAGUCUGCUGUGGGAAAGGCGAUGGAAGAAUUUCGGAGCCACCUGAAAAAGGAGCAAGCAAAUUUUCUUGGCAACAGCUUUCAGAGACUUAAAGCCCACACAUACACAUAAUACACACAAACACACGUACACAUAUAUAUUGAUUGGUUGAUUAAUUAAUUGAUUGAUUGGCUUUUGAGACUGUAGGUGUAAAAAGUCAAGCAAAAGAAAUAUUACAAAUCAAGCAAAAUAAUGAUCAAGCAAAAUAAUCAAGCAAAAGAAAAUUUUAAAAACCAUACCUGUAAUCAUCAUAACUUUGACUGAGUGAUGUACAUCAGCCACAUGCGAUGCCUCAGCUUAGAGGGGAAAGGCAAGGAAGAAGGGGCUCAACAGAAGUAUAUAAAAUUAUGCAGUGUGGGGAGAAAGUGGAGGAUGGCCCAAAUGGUCAAGGGGGUGGAAUGACUUUCCAGUGAGGAAAGGCUGCAAUGUUUGAGAUGUUUUAGUUUAGUGAAAAGCUGAGAAAGAAGUGACAUGAUGGAUUACAAAAUUACGAAAUUAUGAAAGUGGAUAUAGAAAUGUUUUUCUCCCUUUCUCACCUCUGCAUAGAUAGAUGAUCAGGAGCAGUGGUGUGUGGGUGGGUGGGGGUUUGUGUGUUGGAAUUAGCCUAUUGCACAAAGGUUAAAUUCUCUCCUGUUGCUCCUCCCACUUUUGCCUCUGGCUCCGCCCACCCAGGAGUUUGCCCAGAAAGGAAUGCACCCUCCUGUUGAUGGAGAAGGCCAGGCAGAGAGGUCUCGAGGGCCUAUCCCUGUCCUAGACAGAUCGUGUUGGUUUCUUUUCCUAGAUGGAUAACGCUUCGCAGCUGAAAGAGGAGGGAAAUAAGUAUUUCCAAGGCAAUGAUUAUGAGAAUGCUAUCAAAAGCUACACCAAAGCCCUCAAGGUCGCCAAAGAUAAAUCGCUUCAGGCGGUGUUGUUCCGAAACCGGGCAGCUUGUUUCCUGAAAAAGGUAAAGCCAAUGAGAUUAGAUGCCGGAUAGCUUAACGUGUAGAGCAUGAGACUCUUAAUCUCAAGGUCAUGGGUUCAAGCCCCACAUUGGGCAAAAGAUUCCUGCAUUGCAGGGGGUUGGAGUUGAUGACCAUGUGGUCCCAUCCAACUCUACUGUUCUAGGAUUCUUGAUAAGGAAAUUCCCCAUAAAAUGGGAAUCAAUUAGGAUAGGCAUUCAAAUCUAAUACAAUAGAGAUAUUGUUAUGCAUCAGUGCAGUAGUCCAACUAUUGUUGAACUUCAGAUGUCAAUGGGAAGUCGUUUUAUGAAGUCAUGAGUGAGUUGUGUAGAUACUGAUUAUUGAACAAGUUGACUUGCUUUUGCAGUAGUCAACCUUGCAAAGGUUGUUGCGGCAGGGGGUGGGGAAGAGAAUUUGCCUGAAAUCAAAGCCAGCCAUCUCAGUCACUGAUUCCAGCCAUUUUUCUUCCCAAAUUCUUAGGAGAACUAUGCCCAGGCGGCGUCAGACGCAUCCAGAGGUAAGUCAAACAGUGGCUCUGCCAUUUCAGAUUAACCUCCACAAACCCAAACCUUUUUAAAAAAGUACACAGAUGGGACAGUCCCUGUUCGCAUACUUGCAAUCUGAAUGACAUGGCAUAAAAGGAAAAAGGGAUGAGAAAGAGAAAAAACAAGCAAACCUCAGCAGCCAAAAGGAGCUGGUCUUUCAGCAGAGCCACAUGGAGUGGCUACCAAAUGCUUCAGCCAGAUGGAAUAGCUGCUGCAAGGUGACAGCUCUCAUUUGCUAAUUCCCCACUAGCUAUCGACAUCAAUGCUUCAGAUAUUAAGGCCUUAUACCGACGUAGCCAAGCUCUGGAGAAGCUGGGCAAGCUGGAUCAGGCCUUCAAAGAUAUCCAGAGGUGUGCCACUAUUGAGCCCCGGAAUAAAAACUUCCAAGAGACCCUCCGUCGUCUAGGAGCCUCUAUCCAGGAGAAGGUAAGCACAGAGUAAGGCACACUGGUCAAUUGACUGGUCAGAGACUGUCACCCAACUGCCUGUUUUUUGACCAUGGUCAGCUAAUGUCAAAUGUUCCAAGAAUGCCACUAUAUGGAUGGCAGCUAACUUUUUUAAGAAGAAGAAAAAGUCAUGUGGAGUGUCAUUUGCAAUCUUGUGCAGAUACAAGAAGAGAACAGCUUCAUUCUUUUUCCACCUUGAGUUUUUGAUGCUGCUCGUCAGUGAAAACUGUGACCACAUUCACACCAUACAUAUAAAGCACCAUAAUAGCACUUUGCACAGUCACGGCCUCCCCCAAAGAAUUCUGGGAACUGUAGUUUGUUAAGGGGUGCUAGAGAGUUGUUAUUCCUCUCCCAGAGCUACAACUCCCAGAGUGCUUUAAGAGUCAAUCCUGCUUCAUGGGUAACUCUGGGAACUGUAGCUCUGGGAGGGGAACAGGCAGUCUGUUAACAGCUCUCAGCACCCUUAAUGAACUACAUUUCCCAUGUUGCUAUGGGGGAAGCCAUGUCUGUUUAAAGUAGAAUGAUGCCACAUUAACUAUAUAGUUCAGAUGGGGCUUCAGUUCAGUUCUGCAGAAUCAAGUUGCUCACUUAGAGCUCUCCAUGGUCCUGAAUUCCUGAUCUGCCAUAUUUUGUGGGUGCUGAAGUGUCCUCUCCCACAGCUACAAUUUCCAGAGUUCCCUGUAAAGAGGGAUAGAUUGUUAACUUCUCUGGGAACUAUAGGACUGGGAGGGGGACUAGGGAGGUUUCCUAGCAACUCACAGCACCCUUAACAUACUACAGUUCCCAGGAUACUUUGGGGGAGAAGCCAUGACUCCCCCAAGUGGUAUCAUAGCGUUUUCAAUGAAUGGUGUGAAUGUGGCCUGUGACAGUGGAUAUGGGGGUAUGGCUAGGGAGGGUGGGGAGUCCCAAGGGCCAAAGAAAGAAGGCCAGAAGGCCACAUUUCACCCUUGGGCCUGAGGUUGCUCACUACUUGUUCUAGUCUAACUCAUAUCUUGUUUCCCAACUGACCUGGUGUAGCUGCGUGUCCAGUUCUCUACCGAUGCCAGGGUCCAGCAAAUGUUUGAGAUCCUGCUAGAUGAGAAGAGUGAGAAAGAGAAGCGAGAGAAGGUGAGGAUUGAUUGAUUGAUUGAUUGAUUAACAACCCAAAAGUGUGGCAGCAGGGUAUUGCAUCGUACCAUAUAAAAAGCAAACAAACAGUAGACAACAAGAGAAAGAAAUGGUGACACGCCAAUAUAAAAAGCAAGACAUCCAUACUUCCCAAGCGGGCAUGAAUGAUGAAUGUUGAGCAUCUAUGUCUAAAGCAAAGGAAAUAAAAAUCCCACCAGUGUUCCGGAUCCUCCACACCCUGGAAACAUGCAGCUUAUGUGUGACUUCCCCGCCUCCUUGCAAUAGCCAAAGUCCAUAAAUUCCUUUAUAAUAAAUAAGAUUUCUGUCCUGGCUUCCAGUUAUUGAAGAACAAGAACUCAGAAGAGGAUUCUUCCCAAAGGCUUUCAUGCUUAAAUCAGUGUGAUACAUAUGCAGAAACACUGGUCAAACCUAUUAUUUAUUUCAUAAAAUUUAUACACUGCUUCAUUGCAAAAAAGAAAGAAAGAAAGAAGAAGCCCUCAAAGCAGUUUUUUAAAAAGAUAAAACAAUAAAAUUAUCAAUAGGAAGAAUUAGCAACAAUAAUUUAAGAUCUUCAAAAAGUUAAAUUAACGAUAAACUAAAAGCAGAUUAAAACCCGCAUCAAUUUUCUAAAUAUCUGGGUAGGUUUUCCUAAACAAAUAUAUAUAUAUUGGAGUUUAUCUAGCCAUUCAAUUAUAUCAAUUGCCAUUUCUUUUUAAAAACCAGGCUGCAAACAAUCUCAUUGUCCUCGGCCGGGAAGAAGCGGGUGCAGAGAGGAUAUUCCAGAACAAUGGCCUGAACCUGCUAUUGAGGCUGAUAGACACAAAAAACCCAGAGCUAGUCCUUGCAGCGAUAAGGACCCUUUCAGGAAUGUGCACAGACCAUAAGGCAAGGGUAAGUGUUAUCUGAGGUUGCCUGGUUCACAGAUCACCCUCUGCUCUACACCCUCCCCCCUGGUCCCAGACCCACUGGUGACCAAAUCUUAACUUUACUUUAUGUUGUUUGUAUCAUGCCUUUCUCUCAGCACAGGCAUAAAUUAAGGCAGAUACAACUAAAGUACACAAUACAUAUAUGCGUGUGUGUGUAUAGUUUUAAGCAAUUAAAUAAGUAACCAUAUUAAAACAGCAUAGAGAACACUUAAAAACAUUUAAAAGGACAAAUAGAAAAGUACAACACUCAGAAGACACUACCAGAACAUUCAGUGAGUGGCCAAUGCGCUGUUGGAAGGGGGGGGGGAUCAUAAAGGGGUCCAGGCAAGCCUCCCAUGGAAGAGAGCUCCACAAUCUGGGAGCAGCCACAGGAAAGGCCUUCUCCUUCCCCACCCUCCCAAGGGACAUGGGUGGCGCUGUGGUCUAAACCACUGAGCCUCUUGGGCUUGCCGAUCAGAAGAUUGAUGGUUCGAAUUCCCGCAACGGGGUGAGCUCUCGUUGUUCUGUCCCGGCACUUGCCAACCCAGCAGUUUGAAAGCACACCAGUGCAAGUAGAUAAAUAGGUACCGCUGUGGCGGGAAGGUAAGCAGCGUUUCCCUGUGCUCUGGUUUCUGUCAUGGUGUUCCGCUGCACCAGAAGUGGUUUAGUCAUGCUGGCCACAUGACCUGGAAAGCUGUCUAUGGACAAACGCCGGCUCCCUCAGCCUGAAAGCGAGAUGAGCACUGCAACUCCAUAGUCGCCGUUGACUGGACUUAACUGUCCAGAGGUCCUUUACCUUUACCCUUCCCCACUCUCCCACAGGAUGGACCAACGGUCUGUCUUGAUGCAAGGCAUCUUCCUGAGGCCCCGUGUUCCUGUGAAUUUCUCCAGUCCUCUUUUUAAGCCACCCAAGUUAGUGGCUGCCACUACCUCCUGUGGGAACAAGUUUCAUUGUUUUAGCGCCGCAUCAGCAUGAGAAAACACGGGCAGGUAAAUCAGACAAAAUCAAUCUCUCUUUCGCUGGACAGGCAACAGCCAUCCUUCACAUGCUGGGAAUUGGCAAUAUCUGCCUGUGGAUGUCCACCAACCAUGAAGAGAUCUCGCUGGCCGUCUCCAACCUCCUGCAGGCCAUCAUUGACUCGCUAACUGGGGAAGGCAAGAAGGAAGAACAUGGAAAAGAGGAUGCCUUAGUGCUGGGUAAUUAUUGGCAACUUUGCUAACAGGUGCCUUGAUAAGUGCUGAUCUGAGCGUUAAAGAUUUUGGCGGGAAACCAUGCUCUGAGUUCGAGUUCUUCAUCCAUCUGGAGGGCAUCAGGAAGGCUGAUAUGAAUGAAAGUUAGUCCCUGUGCAUAUUAUUUAUUUACAAAAAUAUUUAUGUCAUUAAAAUAAUCAAGGAGGUUUACAGCCCUGAGGUUACCAACAAAUGGACUACAGUGGCCAGGCUGUCCCUGUUCAGAAAUGGAUGGAUAUGAACAGCUACACCAAUCACUUUGACCUUGCUUUGCCCAACUUUCUUUUUUUUUGCACAGACACAAAGAAGGACCUGAAGGCAGUCACAAUGCGCCUCCUGGACAUGCUCCCCAAUAAAAAGGUGUCUGGACAAGGCCGAGACCGUGCUCUCAAUUUGCUCAAUAAGAACAUACCAAGGAAGGACCUGAGAAUCCAUGACAACAGCAGGACCCUGUUUGUCAUUGACAACGGUAAGCCCAGCACCAAUAUCCUCUUUUCCUGCUGGUCCAGAUCUGACAACAGGUAGAGAGAGGCAGUGUAGCACAAUAGUUAGAGUGUUGGACUAUGACCUGGGAGACCAGGGUUUGAAUCUCCACUCAACCAGGAAGCUCCCUGGGGACCCUAGGGCCGGUCACUCACUGUCUCUCACUCCUUAUCCCACAGAGUUGUUGUGGGGAUUAAAUAAGAAGAAGGAGAACCACAGACACCACCUUGAGCUCCUUGGAAGAAAGGAGGCCUUGGCCCAAUAUACCUGAAGGGGUGUCUCCACCCCCAUUGUUCAGCCCAGACACUGAGGUCCAGCGCCGAGGGACUUCUGGCAGUUCCCUCACUGUGAGAAGUGAGGUUACAGGGAACCUGGCAGAGGGCCUUCUCGGUAGUGGCGCCCACACUGUGGAAUGCCCUCCAGCCAGAUGUCAAGGAAAUAAACAACCCUCUGACUUUUAGAAGACACCUCAAGGCAGCCCUGUUUAGGGAAGUUUUUGGUGUUUGAUGUUUUAUUGUGUUUUUAAUAUUCUGUUGGGAGCUGCCCAGAGUGGCUGGGGAAACCCUGCCAGAUGGGCGGGGUAUAAAUAAUAAAUUGUUGUUGUUGUUGUUGUUUAGAACUAGAAGCUACAGAGCUAUAUCUGAUUCCCAUAAGGGGACUCUCUUAGAUGCCAACUCCACAGGAAGAUACGAAGCUGCCUUAUAGAGAGCCAGACCAUUGCUCCCUCUAGCCCAGUGUUGUCUACACAGGCUGGCAGAAGCUCCUCAGGGGUUCAGGCAGGGGAAUUCUCAGCUCUACUUGGAGAUGUUAUUGUGGAUAGAACCUAGGGCCUUCUGUAUGUGGAGCACGUGCUCAAUUGCUGAGCCCUGUCCAAGGUUGCAUCUCUGCAUUUGCGUCUAAACUGACCCUGGGUUCUCUCCCUGCCCCCUGCUCUGCUCCCAGGUCUCAAGAAGAUCCUGAAAGUUGCUGGCCAGAUCCCUGACAUGCCAAACUGCCUCCCUUUGACCGAGAACACCCAGCUGACAGCUUCAGUGCUCCUGAACAAGCUGUAUGACGAUUUACGGUGUGACCCAGAGAGGGAUAACUUCAGGCUGCUCUGUGAAGAGUACAUCCAGUGAGUAAGGGGGCUGUGUGUCCUGCCUUACAAAUGACAGGACUUCUCUACUUGAAGGCAUUUGAAGAGCUGCCCAUUUCAAGUCUGGUUUAAAGAUAACUCCAAGAAGGGAGGGCAGUUCAGCUGGGGAGGAGGGAGGCUUGAAGUCGACCAACCACAGUGAGCACCUACACAGACCCACCUGGUCACAGGAAGAAUGUAAGAACAUAAGAAGGGCCUGCUGGAUCAGGCCAAUGGCCCAUCUAGUCCAGCAUCUUGUUCUCAGAGUGGCCAACGAAAGGGAAACCCACAAGCAGGACCUGAGAAUAAGAGCACUCUUUCCUCUUGUAGUCUCCAGGGACUGGUAUUCAGAAGCAUUGCUGCCUCCAACUGUGGGGGCAGAGCAUAGCCAUUGUGGCUAAUAGCCAUUGAUGGCCCUCUCCUCCACAAGUUUGCCCAAUCCCCUUUUAAAACCAUCCAGGUUGGUGUCCAUUCUUGUCUCCUGUGGCAGGGAGUUCCAUAGUUUAACUAUGCACUGUGUGGAGAAGUCAUUCAUUUUACCUGUCCCCCAAAAUCCCAACAUUCAGCUUCAUUGGAUGACCGUGAGGUCUACCAUUAAGAGAGGGAGAAUAACUUCUCCAUGCCACAUGCCAUUUUAUAGUCUCCCUCCACCAGGGUGAGAUGCAGGGCUUUUUUCAGCCAGAGCUCACUGGAGCUCAGCUCCAGCCCCUCUCAGGCAGGUGGGUGCCCUUGCCAUUCUAAGAGAACAAGGGAAGUGUUUGUGGUGAGCUCUGGCACCUCUUUUUCUAGAAAAAAAUAGUACUGGUGAAAUGGAUUGUAUUUCUAAUUAAAUCAUGGGUGGAUAUCCUGAGUUUCCCCAAACCCCAAUGGGCCAUUUUGAUGGGUAGAUAAGGACACCAUGCCUUCUACUUCCUUCCUUCCUCUGCUCUUCCAUGUUUCUAGGAGCAAAAUUGACCCCCAGGACAUGGACAAGACUCUGCACGCCAUCCAGACGGUGUCUGGGGUCCUGCAGGGGCCUUUUGAUUUGGGGAACAAACUUCUGGGCAUGAAAGGGGUCAUGGAGAUGAUGGUGGCUCUCUGUGGCUCCGAGCGAGAGAUCGAUCAGCUGGUGGCCGUGGAAGCCCUGAUCCACGCUUCGACCAAGUUGAGCCGGGCCACCUUCAUCAUCACCAACGGGAUCAGCCUGCUGAAGGAAAUCUACAAGAAGACCCAGAAUGAGAAGAUCAAGAUCAGAGCUCUGGUGGUCAGUUCUCCUGGCUCAGGGGUGGAUGGGGAACCAUGGGGAACCCUGCUCCCCAUAGUCACUGGGGCAACCUUACCUCCCCUGCAAACACGUGAGAUGGUUGAUUAUCCUCAAUGCAGGAAGGCUUUUCCUAUGGCAAGGUUUAAUGUUCUCCCUUCUAAUGUUAUUAGAUGACAGAUACAACAAAACCCCAAUGAACAGCAGUUGGUGCCCUUGUAGCAAUACUGAGGUGAAGUCCAUCAUGCAUAUCCUUCCCUGAUGCAGUUUCAAUCAAGGGACUAGGAAAGACUUAAUACACCCCAUUAUGCAGCCCCUCCCUGGCCGCUCUUAUGAUCACUUUGCUAUUGGUUCCCAUAAACCAAUCACAGAGCAAAUGGCAACAUUUUUUAAUAUGGCCUUCGUAGAAUUGUAGAGCUGGAAGGGACCAUGAGAGUCAUCUGGUCCAACUUCCUGCAAUGUAGAAAUCCUUUUGCCCAACAUAGGGCUCAAACCCACGAUCCUAAGAUUAAGAUUCUCAUGCUCUACCAACUGAACUAUCCUAGUACCACUUGUGAGUUAGACCACAUGAUUUCUGUCUGUUUAUGUUGCAAACCACCCUGUGAUCUUUGGACAUUAACAAAUAAAUAUCUCAUUUAGAUUAUAUCCUGUGUUUUGCUGUAUUAAGGUGUGCUAAUGUUGUUGCAAUACUGAGCCCACCAAUACCUCCUUGAUUCUCUUCCCAGGGCCUUUGCAAGCUGGGCUCCGCCGGGGGCACAGACUAUGGCCUGCGACAGUUUGCUGAAGGGUCAACAGAGAAGCUGGCUAGGCAGUGCCGGAAGUAAGUGGCAGAAGACCGACUUUGGGGACGAGGGGUGGAGGAGUUGGGAGAGCAGAUUCCACAACAGAUGCUGCCUCUCUCGGUCUCUAAAGUUUGCAUGCCAGCCUAAUUGCUAGCUCCUCCCAGUCACUUUCUGGAAGCAUAUUCUUCAAACAUCCCAGCAAGACGCUUAGGUCCAUGUGGUGUUUAAUAUCCUAGCAUUUCUGCAACAAAAUCACGUCUUCCAUUCUCUGGUAACUUCCAGAUUGGAUUGCUGCAGUGCGUUCCACAUGGGGCUGCCCUUGAAGAUUAUUCGGAAACUUCACUCGGUCCAAAAUACAGCUGCCACAUUACUGUCUGGGGUUCCAUUUAAAUAUAAUAUAAACCCUGUUUUGAAACAGUUGCAAUGGUAUUGUUGUUUAAAGUCCUAAAUGACUCAGGCCCCAAAUAUCUGAAAGACCACAUUCUUUCCUACAGACCCUCUCAGGUGCUGAGAUCAGCAAAGUAGGCCCUCUUGGUAGUUCCUCCACCCUUAGAGAGCUGUGGGGGCUGGCCUGGGAGAGAGCCUUCUCUGUGGUGGCCCCUAAGCUAUGGAACUCCCUCCUCACAGAGAUGCAUUUGGCACCUUCAUUGCACAGCUUCUGGAGAAUGCUGAAUGUGCACCUCUUUACCCUGGCCUUUGGCACUGAGGUGUAUGGUUUUAGGACCCACCUUAUUUUAAUGAUCGCAGGUUGUUUUAAAUUGUUUUUAAUAUUGUAUUUUAAUGCUGUAACCCGCCCUAGGAUGAAAGAGAGAGAGAGAGGAGAGAGAGAGAGAAUGACAAUAAUACUCUUUUGCAAAUAAUCUGGAUAUUUAAAGAGUCCAAGGACAUCAGCUUAAAAUCUGUUCUUCUCCAAUAUCUUCUCCAACAUUUGCCUUACUGAGCCUCAUCUUCCUUACCUCGUUCCUUCAGAUGGCUGUGCAACCCCGCCAUUGACACCCGCACAAGGAAGUGGGCUAUAGAAGGUCUUGCUUACUUGACCCUGGAUGCCGACGUGAAGGAUGACUUUGUGGAGGAUGAGCCAGCCAUGCAAGCCAUGUUUGAAUUAGCCAAGGUAGGCUGUAUCACACAUGCACUUGCGUGAAUGCCACAUACAUGCAGAUUGUUGUGGCCCUAAUUGCCCACUGCUGUAGUUUUUCACCAUUAUUUUCACAAAAUAAUGUCCCAGGUGGCUCAACUGAACAAAUAUAAAUCAUAAGCAUAAUGGAAAUAGACAUAAUCACAAUUCUUUGAUAUGCAGAACUGGCACUGUUAAUAGGUGCCACAUAAACCCUUUCCACAUUUGUAAAAACUCAAUCUUUUAGAUAUGCAACCCUUGGACUAGACAAAGGUCUCCCUUGCUUUCAAAGUCUCUCUCACUUUAAAUACCUGAUUUUAUCUUCUUUUUUAAAAAAAAAAACUUUGAUUUUGCGUUUUACAGACAAGCGACAAAACCAUUUUGUACUCAGUGGCCACCGUCUUGGUGAACUGCACCAACAGCUACGAUGUCAAGGAAAUUAUCCCGGAACUCGUGCAAUUGGCCAAGUUUUCCAAGCAGCAUGUUCCUGAGGAACACCCAAAGGUAGCCGGCCGGUCAUCCUUGCAAACACCAAAUGCUGUUAAUAACUAGCAGGAAAGAACUCUGCCCUAGCAAUGGGAGAGAAUUUUUAUUUGGUUUGCACUGGAAAAGCAAACCUACCUAUUUUGCACUUUACAAAACAGUACCAGAACUGAAGCAAAGCUGUGCUCCAAAAUUCUCACCACCUUUUUCCAUUGCUGUUCUCCAAUAAAGUAUUAUAUACAAAAAGGCAGUUAACAUAUAAUUUAAAACAGUUGAAAGCACAAAAACAUUAAAAACCUAUUAGUGAAAAUAACAUACAAAAUGAAUGUAUGUAAUUUCAUUCUUUUUUACCCCAUUAUAAACAUCUGGCUAAUGUGUUCUCUGUGCUUCUUACCUGGGUUCUUUAAUGCUGUUCACUGACCAUAAUAAUAAAUAUUGAACCUGGUUUGGAAAAGCAUUAUAUUAGGGGGAAAGCUUUGCAAAAAUGUGUGCAUUAUGGAUAUAGAUAUUAGGCAAAAGUGCAGACAAAUGUGUAUAUCCAGGAGAAACUCGCAUUAAAAUCCUGAUUAAUUUUCAUGAGGGCUUGUUAAAAAAAAAUCGCAACCUGAUGUAGAAAUAUCAGGAACUGAAGAGUGGGAAAAUGGGAAACUGAAAUAUAUUUAUUUAUUACAUUUAUAUACCACUCAGGGAAGUGUACGUGGUUUUUCUCCUCACUAUUUUAUCCCCACAACAACCCUGUGAGGUAAGUUGGGCUGAGAGACGACUCGCCUUUAAGGUCAUACCCAGUGUGAGUGAGGAUUUGAACCCUGGUUCUCCCAAGGCUCUAGUCCAACACGCUAACCAUGAUACCACACCAGAAACUGACAGAUCCACCCAUCCCUACUCCUCCACAGAGUGGCAGGGACCAAGAUUAAAGUUGGGCUUCACCACAACUCCUUACUCUCCCACAGGACAAGAAGGAUUUUGUCUCAAAGCGGGUCAAACGGUUGGUCGCUGCCGGAGUCACCUCCUCCCUGGUCUGCAUGGUGAAAGCGGACAGCGCCAUUUUGACCGAUCAGACCAAAGAGCUCUUAGCCAGGUAAGCUGCCUCGCUUCUGCCUUUUCAGAAUUCUCAGGCGAUAGCAGGAUGCAACAGGAAAGUCAUUUUAGGAAAGCCUGAAAUGCCAGUGCAGGAUACAAGGGUGAGCAGAGUGCCCUCACAGACUCUAGAUUCCAGAGAAGCGUCCAACAAAGUCUUGUGUCUGUUUCUGCCCUGAAUGAUGUUCCCAUGCUGAAUCGGUACUUCAGGGUGAAAGCUGAAGAUGUUCCUGUUAAUAGCGAGGGUUGGAGGGGGGUGCCAUUCAUUAUAUGGCCAAAAUGGCACCACCCAGGAAUCCCCAGGAAUGUUUCAGACAAACAAUCAGCCCCUGCCAGCACAGAGACAGACCAUUGCUUUUGGGACGUAAUCAACAACAACAGGGGACACUUAUCCCAAACGUAUGUUUCUCUUCCAACAGAGUUUUUCUUGCUUUGUGUGAAGAUGCCAAGGACCGUGGUACCAUCGUUGCUCAAGGGGGUGGAAAGGUAAUUCUUUCAGCUUCCUAUUUCAGAUGCUCCUAUUUAGGAAUACUUUGUGCAAUUAAUCUGGGGAUGUGUGUGUGUGUGUGUGUGUGUGUGUGUGUGUGUUGUUGUUGUUGUUGUUGUUGUUGUGGCUUCUUCUUUUUUUUUUGCAUAAUGUGCAAAUAAGAAUUUAGGGUAGAACGCUCAGCCAACAGGGACAUUCAACUGUGAGCCUACCUGGUGUCAUCACCUAAUUUGUUGUUCUUAGGCCCUGAUCCCAUUGGCUUUGGAAGGCACAGAAGUUGGCAAAAUCAAAGCAUCACACGCCCUGGCCAAGAUCGCAGCCAUCUCCAAUCCAGACAUUGCGUUCCCUGGGGAGAGGGUGAGUCAAUCCAUGGCAUAUUUGGAACAUGGUUAUGUUUGUGUGAACAGAGCAGAGUCCAGCAACUGGAGAGCACCAGGAGCACAUUUAUUACUUUAAAACAAGGAAGGGGCAAUUUUUAUCAGCCCAAAAGCAACAUUCCCUUUCUGGACAACCUUCUAGGGUCCGAAUGCCAGUGGUGGUUGGGGGCUGGAGGCAAAAGUGAGCAGAGAAAGGACUGCACAUUUUCCCUUUGUACAGGAGGCCUUUUGUUCAGAAAGGCGUCUGCUCUGUUGUUGGGUGUGGCAGGGUCUGAAUGACCACAGGGCUCCAGGGUGCCCCAGGGUGACAUCCAUUUGCCUGCCUCUCCCACAGGUGUAUGAAGUCGUGCGUCCUCUGGUCAGUUUGCUGAACACCGAGCGGGAUGGGCUACAGAACUACGAGGCUCUUCUGGGUCUCACCAACUUUUCAGGGAGGAGCGACAAGCUCAGGUGAUUUACAGCAGCCAUUUUGUUCCCCUGGGCGAUUCAUGGCCUCCUGCUCUUGAUAGACAGCCUGAUGUGGCCAAGAUAGGGAUCUAUGUUUCUCAUGUAAGAAAGGACUUAUUCACACCGUGCAUUGUUAAACUAUGAAACUCACUCCCAUGGGAGGCAUGCCCAUCAAAUGCCCCAGAAAAAACAGGACAUCCCAUUUUUUCUCAUGAGACAGCAGCCAAAAUGCUCGUCACAAUCUCACACUGCACUUUUGGUGGGCAUGGUGCCCCAAACACGCUUUUUUAGCGCUGUGCCCCCCCCGGCACGCUUUUUAGGGGGCUGCAAUCUCGCACAGGUCACAUGACUCGUGUGGGAGUUUGGCUCUGCAAGAUGGCGCCUUGGUUUUGGGCCUCUUCAUAUUGGAAGGUAUGAGGAGUCAUGUGGGCAGAAGCGAUGUUGCAGGUCAGCUGGAAUCAAAUGUCACAAAGAAGCCAAUGGGAUUCCUCCUGGUGCUUCAUUAGCUGCAGGCCACAACCAGGCCUGAGAGUGGCCUGCCUGUUAGGUGGAGACCAGGGAUGCUAACUUGAAUAAGAUAUUGUGGGGGCCCAGGUAAGUCCUGCCCCACAUAACUGAUCACAUGAUGCAUUGCACACACACCACUUGAAUGGGAAUGCCCAUCAACUUUGUGGGGGCCCAGCCCCCUCAAAUACUUUAUUGUGGGGGCCGUAACCCCCAUUGCCCCUUGGAGUUGGCUCCUAAAUUGGAGACCAAAUUUCACCCAGACUCCCUGCCCCAAGGUUGCCUGCAGGAUUCCACCCUGAGGGGUGCAGAAUUUUACUACAUCUUGCAAUUCACAUGCUAGUGUGUGCUCUGCAAUUUCACACGCACACGUUGCUUCUUUCAGACAAAAGAUCAUCAAAGAGAAAGCCCUGCCUGACAUUGAGAACUACAUGUUUGAAAACCACGAUCAGCUUCGGCAGGCGGCCACAGAGUGCAUGUGCAACCUCGUGGUGAACAAAGAGGUAAAAUAGCCCUUGUUAUUCAACGGAGGGCAACCUGUAGCCCGAUUUGGCCUGCCAUGGGUUCCAAUUUGGCCCACAAGGCUAUAGGUCCCCCAAUACUGUCCCUUUUGUUGUGGUUAAAAGGUAAAGGUAAAGGGACCCCGGACCAUUAGGUCCAGUCGUGACCGACUCUGGGGUUGCAGCGCUCAUCUCGCUUUAUUGGCCAAGGGAGCCGGCAUACAGCUUCCGGAUCAUGUGGCCAGCAUGAGUAAGCCGCUUCUGGCGAACCAGAGCAGCGCACAGAAACGCCGUUUACCUUCCCGCCGGAUUUAUCUACUUGCACUUUGAUGUGCUUUCAAACUGCUAGGUUGGCAGGAGCAGGGACCGAGCAACGGGAGCUCACCCCGUUGCGGGGAUUCGAACCACCGACCUUCUGAUCGGCAAGUCCUAGGCUGUGUGGUUUAACCCACAGCGCCACCCGCAUCCCUUUUUUGUGGUGGUGGUGGUUAGGGGAUGAAUUAAUCCAGAUCUCUCUCAUUUCCCCCCACCUCUGCCCCCUGCACCAGGUUCAAGAGAGAUUCAUAGCAGAUGGGAAUGACCGACUGAAACUGCUUGUGUUGCUGUGUGGUGAGGACGACGACAAAGUCCAGAACGCCGCAGCAGGAGCCCUAGCUAUGCUCACGGCUGCCCACAAGAGACUCUGCCAUAAGCUGACCGAAGUGGUAAGGGUCUCAUUGCCCUUGAGCAUAAAGUGUGUGUUGAAAGUUGCAUCUGUAUGAGGAAAGUUUGCAGUGCUGGGUACCUUGUAAUAUAGAGAAGAGGCGAGUAAGAGGUAACAUGAUAUAAGUUUAUAAAACAAUUCAUGGCAUGGAGAAAUUAGAUAGAGAAAUUUUUUUCUCCCUCUCUUAUAACACUAGAACUCAUGUGCUACCAAUGAAGCUGAUUAUGGGAAGAUUCAGGACAGAGAAAAGAAAGUUUGUCAUGCAUUGGAGAAACUAUGGAACUCCCUCCUGCAGGAGGCAGUGAUGGCCACCAACUUGGAUGGCUUUAAAAGAGGACUGGACAAAUUCAUGGAGGAGAGGGCUAUCGAUGGCUCAGCUCUGUCGCAACAGUCAGAGGCACCAAUGCUUCAGAAUGCCAGUUGCUGGAAACUGCAAGAGAACAGGAUGCUCAACUAGAUGGGCCACUGGCCUGAUCCAGCAGGCUCUUGGUUUUAUAUGAUGGCUAAAAUAGAAUCUUGAGGUUGUUUGGAGCUUCUGUGCUUUUAAUUGAAGCUUCCUCUUGGUAGCUUCUAUCUCUAAUUCUGUCCCCUUCAGUGUCUAUAAAUUGUUGCUUCAUUAACAGUUGAUGUUCACCACUGCUGGGGUUUUGAGGAGCUUUCCUCAGCAGUUUUCUCAUUUUCUUUUCUUCCUUUUCUAUUCUGUGAUUUUUAAAAAAUAAUAAUAAUAUGAAGAAAUUAGUAACGAAAACCCUCUUGUCGUGCCGGAAAUGCCUGAGCUAAUUCAGAAAUAAUUCACCACUAAUUUAGCCCUGAAAAGGAAGCAAUUAGAGAAAAAAACUUGGUGCCUCAUAACAACUCUCAGCAGCCUUAACAAACUACAAUACCCAAGAUACUUGGGAGGAAGUAAUGCUUGUUAAAGUGGUAUAAGGGUCUUUUACUUGUAUGGUGUGGACUAGCACCUUGAACAGUUCUGUGCAGUUACACAUUUCAAAGAUGUGCAAGUAACCUAGCAAAUCUUAUUCCUGCAGACAACCCAGUGGCUGGAGAUUCUGCAGAGGCUCUGCCUCCACGACAAGCUCAACGUACAGCACCGUGGGCUCGUGAUUGUUUACAACUUAAUCCAGGCAGACCAAGAGCUGGCUAAGAAACUAGUGGAAAGUGAGAUGCUGGAAAUCCUGACCAUUGUUGGGAAGCAGGCUGAUGACCCCCAGAGGCAGCAUGUCCUAAAGGUGGCUCGGGAAUGCCUUGUGAAGUUCAUGGACUAUGGAAUGAUCAAACCUAUGUCUCCAUCGUAA